GGAAAUGAUUGGAUAUUUUUCAUUAGGAAAAGCAUUUAUAAAAGGAUGAAUGAAACACAUUUGUCAAACUUGAAUUGUUGGACAAAGGUAAUAGAUAUAAAUCUCAACACUACUUGACCAUACAUAACAUUAGUGUAUAGCUAUUCUUUAAAGAUACUAUUUAUUGAAAGAAAGAAAUGUACAAAGUCGUUUUUGUUGUUGUAUUUUUGAGUACAUGUCUUGCCAUGCCUCGGUUUAAAAGGAAUACAUGGAGAACACCACCAAAGAGAGUAUCAGAGGAGCCAGAUACUGACAUGAUGUAUACACUUUUAAUGAACGAGAUGUAUAUGUAUUUAAACGCCGAUCCGGCCACUGGAAUGACUGCAAGUGAUGUAACUCGUUUCUUCGAAGAAGUAAUCGGAAAGGAUGCAAGAAUGGCUGAUAAUUUUGGAGUAGAUUAUAUUUUCUGGGGAGACCAAAAUGGUGAUCAUCGACUUAAUCGAACUGAACUUCUAAGAGCAAUGAAGAUUCACAAAGUAUUUGAAUACAUAUGAGCGUCAAAAACCACGUGACGUAUUGCCUUCCUUUUGUUGGCAAUGAAUUGUUCUCAGUAACCGUUGACAUGGAACCAUUUUAUGAUCGGCAUCUUAGCUUUUCCUGCCUUCAGCUUUCCUACUUUGUUGUUGUUGGCUGUAGACCGAGCUAUUCCAAAGAUUGGUCAUGACAGAUUUCCAAUGUUGAAAGUGUGUUUGUUUGGACUUGUAAAAUCGUCUAUGUUUUUUUCGUUGAUUUUACGUUUGCAUUCGACAAUCACGCUGUGUGAGGUUAAGUUUGGUUUUAAACUUGUUUAGAUCGUUUGUUUUUAGGUUGUUUUGUGAUUUGUGGUUGUUUAUUUUACACACAUACCAUGUGUGCUUUUGAACUGAAAUCCAUGCGCUAGAUGUGAUUAAGAAUCAACAAGAUUCAGAAAAGAUGAAAAUACGAAGUUUUUUAAGCGUGGGAUUUGUAAUUACAUUGCUUUUAAGCUGUAUUUAUUUGGUGCAUUACAUGCAAAUAUUAUUUAUUAUUUAUUUAUUUAAAGUUGUUAUUAUACGUGUGAACAAAAUGUAUGUGUUAAUACAAAUGAUACGACUGUGAUAUACUUUGGUAAUAUUUAUUUAAACUAUAACAUUUUCUGUCUUCAUCUUUAAAAGUCAUUGUUGUUUGUUACUACAUAGUUUCCUUUCUAACUUCAUAGUUUGUUUCUUCUUAAUUUUUUUUAUCCAUUUGUCAUUGGCAUCUAUAUUACUUUAUUCCAUCUUUGAUCACGUUUUUAUCUUUUUGUUUCUGCCAGAAAAGUAUUUUUUUGCUAGUCCGGAAAUUUACAUUGUGUUAAUUGCAUGUAACUGAACACCAUUAUUAUCAUUUUUCAAUUUUAAAUAAUUUCAUAUAUCAUUUUCUUAACAUUCACUUUUGUCAUUCUUCUUAUUAUUUUGAUAACAAAAAUAAACACAGUAAACUUUCAACAGUUACGACAAAAGAAUUUAUUCAAACAUUUAGGGGAGGGAGACUCAUACAAGAAAAAUAUAACAUUUAGGAUUUAUGACUGAAAUUUUCACUUCAAAAUUUAUUAAGAAAUGUAUGACAAUAAAAUAAACUAAAAAAUUUACUACCCCAAAUCCUUAUCUACAAGGGUUGUGUCACCUUUCUAUUUCAUAUUUUCAUAAAUGGUGAAUCACUAUUCAACUUAUUUUUGUAAAAUCUGAUAACAUCAUUUUAUCUAAAAAUAAUUUAAUACCGUUUACACCUUUAAAGGCAAAUCGCAUUUUUAUUAUUAUGUUUUGUAAGAUUUCAUUGAUAAUUGUGAUGAAUAAUAAUGCUUUUAUGGAAAACAAAAUGUUAUAUAUGAACAUUCUACUUAUAUCUUGACAUGAUAUUAAAUUAUAUGUUCGAAAUUUUCCGAAUGGAGUCUAAGCUAACGAAAUCGUGAGUUUCUUUAAUAGGUCUCUCUUUAAUGGUCUUAAUGAAUUUAUAAUUAAUGUAAGAUAUUUCGCUGUGAAAUUUGUAAAAAAAAGAAAGAAGGGUUGAAUAUAUAGGAUUUUGAACAGUUGGAGGGGCAUCGAUACAUACAUAUUUUUUUUAGCCGUAACGUGGUUUACUAUGGUAAGAAUCCAUAAAAUGAGAAGCUCUUUCAUUGCAAUCAUAUUUAUUCGUUUUCUCUGGCAGCUGCAUUGUAAAUGUCACUUUUAAGAUAUUUUUUUAAUACAAACAAUCUUAAAGAUGUUUGAAUAAAAUAUAUUAAAAAAAUUAUACACACGAGGGUGGAACAAACAUUUCGUUUAUCAAUUGUAUUUUAUGUUUGUAAAAACAGUUUUCUUCAUCUUGUAGAUUAACAGGAAUAAAUGAAAAGAAAUAUAUUUUGAAUAUCCUCAUAUAUUAUCCACAACGCUGAUGGUGGUGCACUAUUAGAUUAAAUCAUUUGUUUUCUUUUGAGGAUAUUUUUGUUGUUGAUUAACCCGUCUAACAUUACUUCAUUUAUUAUUCUUUGACCCUUAAUUAGGAUGAUCCUAACUAUCAUUCCAUAGUGCUCUUUGCUAGAUAGAAAAUCGUGCAUUACGAGUCCUAUUAAUACAAAAAAUGAUGUUGAUAACAAUCAACAUAAACUUUUGCAUGCCUACAAGACAUAGUCAUUUUUCGAUGUAAUUGCGUAUUACCUUCUGAUUGGUCGAAAGUACAAAAACAAUAACAGGUGAUUAUGACAGGGGAUUUUUUCAUGAAUUAUUUUUCUUGGAUUUACUAAGCUGUUGAUUUGAGACUUACGUCUUAGAUUGUAACCAGCAGAUCAUUUAUUAAGAUUUUCAUUCAGUAAAAACAACCAACAUCGAAACUAAGAGACAACUAAGACCUAUAUGUUUAGAAGAGCUUUUACUUUGUUUUAUCAUACUUAAGCUUUGCCAAUAUUUUCUAUCUCCUUGCUUAUAGUCAAGCCACCAAACAAUCCAUAGACAUAUCUGGCAUAAGCUGGGUUUUUUCAAGCAAGGCAUAAGUUUGUCAAGAUCAUCAAGAUAAAUUUAUGUACACUGUAUAUCUUUUUUUAUAUCAACAAAUUAAUUGAAAAUAUUUGAUAUGUCAAUAAGCAAUCUUUCUUAAAAUUGUUUCUGUUUUCGUUUUGAUAUUUCGGUACUCAAUAACUGUACUAACAUGUCAAUUUAAGAGUUCUGCAUUCAGUGUUUUCAUUUAUAAAGAAAGAAUUGACAACGAGAAACAAUUUUCUGUAAAGUUUGGUUUAGAACUGUUUUGACGUUAAGCAUUAUCAAUUAUGAGACUUAUAAGAAUAGAUAUUGCAUAAAAUUGUACAUGCUCUGUUGUUUUAGUAUUGUUUGUUUGCAAGUGACUUACGAGGCCUGUUUCUUACAGGCUUGUUUUCAUUGGAAAUUUUAAAAAUGUAAAUUUGCUCAAUUUAAUAAAAUCAUAUAAUUUG